UAUAGCGGCGUUUGUUUACUGUAAGUGAGUAAAUUGGUCGAUAGCAACCGAAUAGGAAUAAUUUCACCCAUUUAUGUAAAAAGAAGUUAUUACACACUAAAGCCUCCAAAAUGAGUAUGUCAACAACUUUAAGGUUCGAACUGAACACGGGUAACAAUAUGAAGGAUGCGUUUCUAAAACAACAAGAAAGGAUUCAGAAAGAUGAAAUGAUGGCAGAAAGAGAAAACAUUGUAAGAUUAGAGAAAAACACCAACUUGCGAGCAGAGUGGAAUGAGAAUUUAGAAAAAGUUUCCUGGAAUAAAAGAAUCCAAAAUGAAAACAAAAAAAUUCAAGAUGAAGUCAGACUUGCUGCAAAGGCAGCUAUUGCGGUUCGAAGGAAAGCCCUGCAGCAACUUAUCCAAAAAGAGAUUGACAUGUAUGAGCAGGAACUUAGCUUACUGGGUAAAACUUUCUUCAAACAAAGGAUAUGAAUCUCUACAAGUCUGUUAUCUAGGACUAUCACUCUGGCUGUGAAACUUUACUUGUUUGUAAAUGAGAACUGAUGGAAUUCUUUGUGAAAAUGAUUUGUCUCAAAGUGGGGUAUAUCAAAACAUUUUCCAGCAUUAUUAUAUAUUUUUUUCCCUGUUGAUAUGUGCCUGUUUUUUAAAUUUAAAAAAAAUUGCCUGUAUUAGUUGCAGGUAUAAUAUUAUACUGCUGAUAAUGUAUUUUUUAUGUAAUUUACUCUUCCUUAAGAUUAUAUGUUGUGUGCCUUAAAAUUAUUUACUUUUCAUCUGGAUUAUCAUAUUUAAUGCAUAGAUUGAAUUUUUUAAUCUAUUUCAUAUUGCCAUAUAAUAUUGUUUAAGUCACUGUAUGUUUCUUUUUAACCCAAAUCUUCAUUAGAUGUACUUUAAAAAAAAAUGUAAAAAAAAGGUUAAAAUUUAUUUAUAAAAUAUUAAUGAUUGAAUAUACACAUUGUGCUGAGACUCGGGUGGUCUUCAAUGAUUACAGAACUUUAAGUGUCAAACUGUUAUGUUGACUCUUGAAAUAAAAAUGUUUCAUUUAUGUUACAACAA